AUGCUCUCAUUGAACCGCAAGAGCUGCAGUUCAGAUGAAGCUCCAAAGGUUGAUAUUAUCGGCAAACAUGUUGAUAUCGAAAUUCGGUUCGCUGACGCAAUCGUUGACGCAAACAACGAACAAAAUAGAGCCGAAAACGGACCCUUUGGGGAGAUCGCUGUCAACCGCAACAGUGGUCGACUGUUUCUAACGAAUACGGACAGUUUGCGAGAGGCCGAUUAG